UCCAGCCCAGAGGUCAGGUUCCCCACCCACCUGGCCGGAUUCGUCUCUCAGAAGGGAAUUCACAGCUCGCAUUCCUGGGCAGGAAGCAGGGGUGUCAGCACUUGUUUUUGCUCAGGCCUUCUUGCAUUCCUGAAAAGGAAAUCUGCCUCGCCACUGUUGCCUGGUCAUGCCAGGUGUGUAUUGGGAGUGGUGAGAGAGAGAGGGAGAAGGAGAGAAAGGCAGGCAGCAGAGAGGGAGGCGAGAAGCAGCUGGCUCCAGUGGUUUGGGACCCGGCUACCUGAGCGAUUGCUCUCCUUAACUGGCACUGUGGCAUCGGCCAUCAGCUGAGGGACUGGCGCUAACAGGAAGGGGCCAGCAGUUUUCAGUGCUGGGGCUCUGGACUCUGCAACUCCCCUCACAGGCCCACGCUUGUCGACCUCCAGGGCAUGCUGUCUUCCUACCAGGGCUGGGCACAAGCAGCUGUCUGGUAGGGGGCCGAGGUCCCUUUUACCGGGAUGAGGGGCCCUGAGGAUGCACCAGGAAAGGCUGACAGCCCCGCAGAGGAGGAGGAGGAGGAGGUGUUGUGGGAGAAGAUUGAGAGUGUGCGGCACGAGCUGACCCGGUCCUUGAACCCAGCAAAGCUGACGCCCUACCUGCGCCAGUGCCGUGUGAUAGACGAGCAGGACGAGGAGGAGGUGCUGAGCUCAUGCAGGUUCCCAUACAAGAGCAAUCGCACAGGACACUUGAUGGAUAUCCUUCGAUGUCGAGGAAAGCGAGGCUAUGAAGCCUUCCUAGAAUCCCUGGAGUUUUAUUACCCAGAGCAUUUUAUCCGGCUGACAGGGAGGGAACCAGCACAGCGCUGCUCUAUGAUCCUAGAUGAGGAGGGCCCCGAAGGUCUGACCCAGUUCCUCAUGUUGGAGGUGAAGAAGGUGAGGGCGCAAAGGAAAGAGCACCUGGUGAGAGAGCACCAGUUAAAGGUGAAGAACCAGGCCCUGGAGGAGGAGCAGACCCGGCUGGGGCAGCGGCUGCAGGAGCUGCUGAAGGUGCAGGAGCGAUGCCACAGGCUGCGGGAGGAGUGGGACUCCAACAGCAUGGAGCUGCUGCGGCUGAAGGAUGAGAACUACAUGCUGGCCAUGCGCUAUGCACAGCUGUGUGAGGAGAAGAACCUGGCCGUGCUGCGGAGCCGGGACCUGCAGCUGGUGGUGGACCAGCUGAAAUGUAAAGUUAGCAGCCUGGAGGAAGAGUGCAGGCUGCUGAGGAAACAUGCGUCCGCUGGGCCCCAGCGAGAGGCAGAGGAACGGGGUCAACCUGACACAGUGCCUGAGCUGCAGGCCGAGAACCAGAGGCUGACGGCCUCACUCCAGGAGCUGCAGAGCAUGCUGCAGGCAGCUAGUGAGGCCCAGGCGCCGGGCUCCCAGCGGAUCCUCCUGGACAUUCUGGAGCAUGACUGGAAGGAAGCACAGGAUGAACGGCAGGAGCUGUGUCAGAAGCUCCACUCCAUGCAGAACGAGCUGCAGUGGGCUGAGGAACUAAGGGAUAAGUACUUGCAGGAGGUGGAGAACCUGCAGCUGAAGCACCGGACUCUGCAGAAAGAUUGUGAUCUGUACAAACACCGGAUGAACACAGUGCUGUCUCAGCUGGAGGAGAUCGAGAAGGAGAGGGAUCAGGCUAUCCAGAGCCGAGAUAGGGUGCAGCUGCAGUACUCCCAGAGCCUGGUCGAGAAGGACCAGUACCGCAAACGGGUUCGGGCCCUGGAGGAGGAGAGAGAUGAGCUUCGGAGCAAAUUCAGCCAGGCGGAGGGUGUGGAGAGCACUCUGGAGGCACAGCUGCAGCAAUGCCAAGGCAACCGGGAUGUGGGCAUGACGGUGGGCACCUCCUCCUACUCCCUCUGCUCCAACUUAAGUAGCACCUGGAGCCUGAGCGAUAACCCCUCUCCCCUGGGGAAUGGAGUCAUGGACACGCUGGGUGUCCCCGCCAUCACCUUUCCAGGGGACUCCACACACCACAGCAUGGAGGUGACUCCAGAGAGUGAGAAGGACAUUAACCGCCUUUCCACCUUCCCCUUCCCGCCCUGUGCUGGCUCCAUCAUCCGACGGCAGCGGGAAGAUGGAUCCGUGCCCUGCAAAAGCCUGUCUUGCGGGUCUUUUGGCAGCAUGGAGGACAUCACAGGGAGUGUGACCACUACUGUUUCAUCGACCGGUCUCUCCUCCCUUUCCAGCAGUGCAUGCACCAGGGUGAAGUCGGAGAUCUGCUUGUCCGCCAUCUCUGACCAGAAGGAGCUCAUCAGAUCCCUGGUGGUGCAACUGUCUAGCAUGGAUCACCUGACCAACCCAGUGCCCCAGCACAGGGGGCUUGGAGGGGACAUCUCCAUCCUGGGCGGGAACAGAACAGGGAUUUAUGUCCAGUGGGUGAAGCCAGGUUCAGAAGCUGAGAGUACAGGACUGCGCGAGGGCUGCCGGCUCCUAGAGCUGAGGGGGACUUUGCCGAAUGGACAGGUGCUGUCCCUGGAAAACUGCACACGGGAGGUAGCUUACCUGAGCCUGCUGCACUGGGAUGACCCAGCUGGUCUCAUCUUUUUGCCUGAUGUGCAUGGGUACCAGCCUCUCAAGGAGGCCUUAGAAGAAGGGAAGCAAGUGACUGGAGACUCCUUCUAUAUGCGUACCAAUCUGACCCUCCUGGAGCAGUCUGACCCCUACUCCCUGUGCGUCAAGUGUCGGGAGAUCCUGCACGUCACUGACACCAUGCACAAGGGGCGUCUGGAGUGGUACUGUGCCCGCGUCGACCCCCUGACACUGCGGGACCUGGACAAGGGAACAGUGCCUAAUUACAGCAGGGCUCACCAGCUUUUGAAGGUACAGGAGAAAGGCCAAGUGCCAGGCCGGCAGAGGGGCUGCAGAAGUAAUCUGAAGAAACGGACCCUGGGCCAGCUGCGGCUGGUGAAAUCCAAACCGCCCGGGGAGCCUCCGCGGCAGCUGCUGCUGGACCCUUGCCCAGACCCAGACAGGAGCCCAAAGCCCUACAGCCUCGUGCGUCCCCUGGUGGUGCAGGCCCCUCGCCCAGUGGUGCUCUCCCCUGACUGCAUAGCACCCAGGCUCAUCAGGAACCUGCUUGACCUGCCUACCUCGCGCCUGGACUUUCACCUGUGCCCAGCUGGUGAGCAGGAGCAAUCAGAGACCCUGGCUAAUGACGAGCCAGCUGCUACCCCUUCCCACGAAUACUGCGUGGCUCCAGGUUCCCUCCAGGACCAGAGGGAGAGCAGGAGGAUCCGCACCAUCCGGGAGUGCAUCAGCAAGAAUAAACACUGCCUGCUGGAGCUGGGCCUCCAGAGGGUGAGGGAUCUAAUUAAAAGUGAAAUAUACCCCAUCAUUAUCCACGUGGAGGUCACCGAGAAGAACGUCAGGGGACUCAGGAGCUUACUGCGGAAGCCAGGCCAGCGUGACUCUGAUGUGGUGAAGCUUUGCCAGAGCGCUGAGCAGGCUCUCCACGCCCUGCCCUGCUCGUGGGCCUGUGUGGAUGCCCAGUCCUGGUGCCACGCUGAGGAGCUGGUGAAAGUAGUGCGGCGCUGCAUCUUCCAGGAGCAGAACAAGGUUGUGUGGGUUGAGGAUGGCGAGCUGUGAUCCCACACCCGACGGAGCUGGGGCCGUGUCUUCAUGUCGGGAGGCUCCAUGUGGAGGAGUGGGGCGCUAGGUUCCUUUCCCAAGGGUGGUGCCUGGAGCACACUUGGCUUCUUUCCUUCAUCCCCAAACUGUUUCCGAAACAGUGUGCCACUUCUCCCUGAUUGGAUGCAGUGGGAUGUUUUGCCAUCAGUGGAGGUCUGGAAGGACAAGGUGGCCCCUCAUGUGUCAGGGAGUUGGGCCCACUUCAGGCUGCUUGGAGACUGGCCAGGAUGGGGGUAACAUGCAGACUCGGACUCCUUUCCCCUGAUGUCCAGGUUUAGUGGAGGCAUUUCCUUCCCCUUCCCACCAAGAAUCCCCUCACAGCUUGCGGCUGCUGCUCCUCCAGGAGUGCUCUUGGCACCCGACCCUCUGUAUGGCCCAGUCAUUUGGAGAAUCAGACAAGAGGGGAACAGAGAGAGUGUGUGUGUGUGUGUGUGUGUGUGUGUGUGUGUGUGUGACUGACUGACUGACUGACUGACUGCCUUCUGAUUGCUCCAUUCCCCUGCCACCCUGUCUCCUUCUCCCCUUCCCCAUCAUGGCUCUCUCUGGCAUCCUGUCUACCUCAGCUGAUGUCCCGAUGGAAGCGGAGGUGGUACACAUGCCCCGCCACAGGCGGAGUGACACUACGUGGGGUUUGUCAGGCAUCCUCAGUGGGUGGCAAUUGUAAUCUUUAUGGUGUAUAAAUUAUUAAUGGACCCUUUUAAUUGGAAACCUGUAUAUAAAAGAGAAUUAAAUACCAUUUAUAAUGGGAA